AUGCACCCACUCGCGCCCCCCCACCCCACCCACACGGAUACCAACACACCGCCCCUCCCCGCCGCCUCCCCCCUUAAUCCCCCCCCCCCCCCCCAGCCCCACGCGCCGCAGCUACCUAUAUCACUUCUCUUUGUCGUGUUUAGUCCCUCAAUAUUGGAUAACCCCCCCACUCCGCCCACCCGUCUGUGGUAUGACCUGACCUACCCGGCCCACCCAGCCAUACGUCGCUAUAAUGCCGCCACCCCCCCGGUCUCAGAUUAG